AUGCAACACAUAAAGGAUUUGUUGGGACGUUUGUCUGCCACCCUCUGGCAGCCAGACUUCUGGUUACCCUUAGGAGUGACCUGGGAUGACCUCCGUUCCACUGAUAGCUUCCACUUCCCGGUUUUUUCCGACGUGUGGAUCUACCCUCCUGCCUUUGGCUUGUGCUUGAUGCUGUUCCGCUUCUCGUUCUUGGAGCCCCGCUUGUUCCGCCCCUUGGCGCGCAGCAUGGGCGUCUCCGACUGGCGUCCGGCCCCUCCGGCCUUCGACGCCGCUCUCGAGGCCCUUUAUCGACGCUACCAGACCAAGGUCCCCGCGCAGGUGAUCGUCGAGACCUCGGAAGCCAACAACUUGUCCCCUCGCCAGGUGCAGAGAUGGCUGAACCGAAAGCAUGCCGUAUUAAAGUCAACCAAGUACGAGAAGUUCAUGGACUGCGCUUAUGAUUUUUCUUGUCACACUUUUAUGUGUAUUUUUGGCUUCGUCGUCAUGGUCUCGAAACCAUGGCUGUGGAACAUUACACUGUGCUGGAGGGAUUAUCCACACCACAGCAUCAGCGCCGACGUCUGGUGGUACUACAUGCUGUGCUUGGCUUACUUUUGGUCCACAACCAUCAUCCAGAUACCCAAGCCGGCACACAGAGUCUCAGACAAGGUUCAGAUGAUGUCUCACCAUUUGUUUACGAUUCUCCUGAUGGUGUUCUCGUGGACAUGCAACUUCGUCCGCGUUGGGACGCUGGUUCUCGUGGUCCAUGAAUGUGCCGACGUCCCUCUUCAGGCCGCCAAGAUAUUCAAGCACGCAGGCAUCGACACACUCACUGAUGUAAUGUUCGCAGUGUUCGUGAUUCUGUGGCUGGCAACCCGCUGCUGCGUCUUCCCUCUCUGGAUCAUGCACAGCGUCUUCUUCGAGGCCACCACCUUCAUGUUCAUGCCCUCAGCCUACCUCUUCAUGGGGCUUCUGGUGGGCCUCCUCAUCCUCAACCUGGGGUGGACGUGGAUCAUCCUGAGCAUUGUGAUCCGGAAGCUCAGUGCAGGAACCCUACAGGAUGUCCGGUCGUCAGGCGAAGAGGAAUCGGAGGAGGAGUCCCAGAUGAGGAAUGGGAUCAAAAGGGAGUAGGAAUCUGGCGGAGACGGAUGCUUCUUAGGAUUUUUUCUUGAAGUGGA